AUGCGAAGUGGAUUGGAGGAGGGUGAAUUGUGCUUCCCAUCACGCAUAUCUACGGCAAACGAAGGAGCACUGGAGAUGAAAGUAAUUAAUCAAUGCAUCAUGCUAAAAUGUGUGGAUUUCAGUGAUUUGCUAGAAAGAGUAUGCGGCAACAGCUUGUCUUUCCAAAGCAAAAAGUUGGCGCGACUUUGCUUUUUCCGACAAUUUUCUUUUGUACCCAUUGGUAUUUUAAAUCACCCACUAUUUGGUAACGGUUUUACAAGGGCAAGAGACCUUGAGCACACGCGAGAGAACGAUGUUUAUGGAAAAUGCGAAGUGGGGAGUGCAUUACAACAAACCAAAGCAAGUGCAGACGCGGGCGGUGAUAUGAAGUUGGCGCGACUUUGCUUUUUCCGACAAUUUUCUUUUGUACCCAUUGGUAUUUUAAAUCACCCACUAUUUGGUGAUGCACUUUCAAUUUUCAAAUGCAAUAGGUAA